AUGAAAAUCUCCGGCAAACUCAACCCCAAACAUCUCUUCCGAUCAAAUAAAAACCGUUCGGUUUCCAGAUCUGAUCCAUCCUCUUUCGGUUCCUACGCCACGACGUCCUCUACCUCGUCGGAGCCCAGCCAUGGCCACAACAAGUCCAUGUCAAGCGGUGUUGCUACUCCAACCAGCGUCCUCCCAAGGCACUCGAACUCGCACUCGCACGAAAUAUCUUCUGAGGAGUGGUUGGAGAAUUCUACCGACGUACAGUUUGAGUUGGUGCAAGCGUUCAGGUUUAUUGACAGUGACGGUGACGGAAUGAUAACGAGGGAGGAGCUCGAGGCUGUUUUGAACCGAAUCGGAGGAUCCGAACCUCCAAUCCGGGAGGAGCUAAGCCUGAUGUUGAGUGAACUCGAUAGAGACGGCGACGGGAUUAUUACUCUGGAGGAGUUCGGAGCCAUAAGCUCCGCUUUUGGUCCGCCAGCUUGCGAUACUGAGCUGAGAGACGCUUUUGAUUUUUUCGACACCGAUCGCGACGGGAAGAUAACGGCGGACGAAUUAUUCGCGGUGUUCAAAUCGAUUGGGGACGGGCGGUGCACGUUAGAAGAAUGCAGGAGUAUGAUAAGUAGCGUGGAUAAGAACGGAGACGGGUUCGUGUGCUUCGAGGACUUUACGCGUAUGAUGGAACAGCAAAGAUGA